GCAAGUUUCGUAACUGUGAGCUAAGCAUUCUUGUGGUGGGAAGCCCCGGCUUGGAAGGUGCCUCUGAUCUGCUCGGAAGGGAUGCGGAAGGCGUGGAUCGACCCGACCCUCCCCGCCGCCGCCGCCGCCGCCGCCGCCGCCGCCGCCUGAGAGGGCUCCUGCCCAGCGGCAGCGUCUCCCGGCCCUUACCGGGCUGUGACGAGGAAAGCCCCAAUUUGAUUUUGAAGGCGCCCUGAAAGGUGAAGAUGGGCCGACGAGCUCAGCAAGAUUCCUACUCAGAGGAAAAUCAUCUUAGCCAGAACUAUUCUUCCGCUGGAGAGGAGGAAGACACAACAGAAAAGGGUCCUCCAUCUAUACCUGCUCGCCGGCAAGGAGGAUGGGCAAGUGAUGCUGUUGUGAAUGCUUCCAAAUCAGGAAAGAAACAUGCAGAGCAAGAAGUUGAAGAUCACCGCCUGAGGCAGCAGAGCCUGGAGGCUUCUGAUGAUGGAGAAGAUAUUCCAGUGAUCCCUGACUUGGAGGACGUUCAGGAGGAAGAACUAGCCAUGCGGGUGGCAGCUCCACCAAGUAUCCAAGUGAACAGAGUGCUUACCUACCGUGACCUGGACAAUGACCUCAUGAAAUACGCUGCUUUCCAAACCUUGGAUGGAGAUAUUGACCUAAAGCUCCUUACUAAAGUUUUGGCCCCAGAGCAGGAAGUGCGAGAGGAUGAUGUCAGCUGGGACUGGGAUCAUCUCUACACAGAGGUGUCUUCAGAGCUUCUGAGCGAGUGGGACCUGGGACAGGCUGACAGGGAGGAGGCUCUCACCCCCACUUAGGCUUCGGUUGGUGGGUGGCGCUGCUGCUAACCACAAAGGCACAACUGUAGAUUAUAAGCACAUUUUUAAAAUAUAUGCUUUGUGUUUGAGGUGUUAUUUUGG